AUGGAGCUUCUGAAUGCCAAUUCACGCUUCCUGCACGACAGUAUAGUACAGAAUGCCGACCGCCUCGCUGACACUCUGCCCGACAAGUUGUGUGUCUUCUAUUUUGUCAACUCAGGGUCAGCCCACAACCUGAAGUCCUCCUGCAACACAACCCCAAUGACAUAUGCAUGAGAUAUAGGAAGAAUAAUGUAAUAUAUAUAUUGGUAUAAAAUAUAUAGGAAGAAUGUAAUGUGUGUUUCCAACAGUUCAGAGGCAAAUGAUCUAGCAUUACGCUUGGCCCACCAGUACACCCAACAUGAAGACCUCAGUGUGGUUGACCAGUAGGUUUCUCAAAUAUCACACUUCAAACACAAAUGCUGUUCUGCUACCUUUUCAAAUGCAUGUCUCAGAAGAUUCUCUCUCUAAAUGUACUCCAUCCCUAUUUUCCCCCUCUUCCUCCAUAUCAUGGGCACCUGACUUCGCUUAUCAAUAUCAGGCCAUACAAGUUCCGAAAACUGACAGAACAGAAAAAGUGGGUUUACGUGGUGUGUAAGACACAUAUUGCAUGCCUCUAUUCUUUGGUGAGUGUGCUAUAAAAAGCUGAUACUGGCAUUACACUCCAUUUCAUUAUUACAUGCCCCUGUAGCAGACACCUAUAGAGGUGUGUACAGAGAGGACCAUCCCAACCCAGACAUAUGCAGAUACUGUGAAGGACGUGGCAGAUAAGGUGCACCAAAGAGGUUGCAAGGUAUGGCAAAUACAAUAGGUUUUGCGUGGACAAGGAGAAGUUAGAUGACAGUCUCAAUUUGGACACAGAGCAGUGUGCAAUGCUGAUAGUGUAGUAACAGUGUAACAAUGCUCAUUAGUAGUGUUCUAAUUCAAUGGAUAUACUCUCUCAAAAUGGACUUGACCCACAGGUUUUUGAAUUUUUCAUUUAGUCGUGGCCCAGCGAUGGAGGCCAAAUCCUCUUGCCCAAACGAUACAAAGUAACAGAGUAGGUACUGCCUCGGAGCAUACAAUAUCAGUGCACUAUUAUACUGUACCAUUCUCUCAGCAGCGAAGACUAGGUCGAACAGCCAAAUCCUCACUAGUUUGGAUCGAGGUCAUUGAGCAUAGUAAAAGCUAUAUUUUGGGGGGGAUCUCUCCACAUAUAUGUGUGCUCUGCAGGGAGAGUGUUUGUGGCAGACGAGGUGAAGACAGGUUUUGGGCGUGUUGUUAGCCACUUUUGGGCCUUCCAGCUUCAGGGUGAUGAUGACUUCUGCCCUGACAUAAUGACCAUUGGCAAGGCGAUGGGCAACGGGCAUCUCCUGGCAUGUGUGGCAACCACAGUGGAGAUAGCUGGGGCCUUCAAAGACAACGGAGUGGAGUACUUUCACACAGUGAGAGACUAGUAGCGGCUGUUACCACCUAUAUAUUAUGCGUAUAAAGAAAAUAAGGUGUACAGUGCACAAAAAAUCAUGUACAUGUUUGUUUACUGCACCCACAACCAAUAAACCUUGAUAUGUGUAGCUCAAAUUAGGAGGCUCAUCCCUAAUCAUGAUUUGUGGCUCUCCCGUGACUGUGUGCAGUUUGGCGGAAACCCAGUGUCAUCGGACGUGAUUGAGAAGGAUUGA